CACAGCCCAUUUGCCAUCGAAUUGAAUGGAUGUUUCCUUCUCUACUGCUUCACUCACCCCAUAGACGCGUCUCUCUCGCAUUGCUGCAGCUUCCGCCAGUCUUCUUGGCAAACACAGCCCAUUGAAUUGAAUAGAUGUUUCCUUCUCUACUCUCUCUCUCUUCCACAUUUGUCUGGUUUGAUUGUAUCCUUCCGGGUAUAUACUCAGCAGUACUGUGUGUGUGCCUUUUCCUUUUAGGCGGGCGGUUAGUCAGUCAGUUUGAGCGUAGUUUGCAGAAUCUCAACUGGUUGUAGCCCGUAAAUAUUCAUAAAUUAAUUGAUUGGUCUGUGUUGUUUGAUAACUUCGGUGAAUCUAAAUUAUUAACGGAACAAACCCUGUAAUUUCACAAGGAAGCCACGCCCAUUCAAUCCCACAUAUGUAAAUUUGCUUGUUAGUGAUGAUUGGCUGACUUGUAUGCCAUCAUAGUCGAUGGCCUAGGCUAGUUUGCAUGUCCUUCAAUCUGUGCUUGACUUUUGAGACCAAUGCUUGUUUACUUGAAGCUUCCACACAAUUUCCCUGAAGAAGAACUCUGUUUGUCUAUUUAUAGCAUAUUAGCAUGUUGACCUUAACCAUUUUUGUGGUUACCUGAAUUUGGAUAUUGGAAUUUCUCGUUGUUUUUAACCUUUUAGUGUUUCAUUUGUUUGGUGUUCGAUGGAAAUGAAAUGGAACUCUAGUCAUCAGGGGGAUGAUGAUGGGUCUGAAGUUCCAGAUCGAGAAUCCAAACGACGAUCUAGUUUGGCAGAUGUUGUUGGAGAUGCGAUUCGACAGCGUGACCUGCAGAGGAUGGAAGCCAUGAUGAGACGUGUGGUACGGGAGGAAGUGGAGAAAAUAGUUGCAUCCUUUCAUCAUUCAAGUUCAAGAUCAUCAUUUGAUCCAUCACAAAGAAGGGGUUUCCAAUUGCAUUUUGAUGGCAAACUGCCUGUUACCCUGUACACUUGCAGCAGGAUAGAAUCUGAGGAUAGGAAACCUGUUAAAAUAGUUAUAUAUGAUGCUUCCAAUAAAAUUAUAAGUGCUGGCCCUCCAUCUUCAAUGAAAGUUGAAAUUGUGCCCCUUGAUGGUGAUUUUGGGGCUAAUGAUCAAGGGGAGUGGACUGAGCAGGAGUUCAAUGCGAAGAUUCUUCAUGCAAGACAAGGCAAAAGGCAAUUGGUGACUGGGAAAUCAGUAAUUAGAUUGAGAAAUGGUGUUGGGUAUAUUAAUAAUGUCAGCUUUACUGAUAAUUCAAGAUGGAUAAGAAAUCAAAAGUUUAGAUUAGGUGCAAGAGCUGUUUCAAGCAAUUCCAAUGAAGUCAGAAUUAGAGAAGCUAGAAGUGAACCCUUCAGGGUAAAAGAUCUCCGAGGAGAGUCUUAUAAGAAACAUCACCCUCCAAAUUUGGGUGACGAAAUAUGGCGCUUGGAGAAAAUAUCAAAAGGCAGUGAUUCCCGUAAAAGAUUAUCUGAAAAUGGAAUUACCACGAUUCAGCACUUCCUGAAGGAAUAUUACAUGGAUCCAUCUUCACUACGCGGGUUACUUGGUCGUAUCUCAGACAAGCGAUGGAAGACAAUCACAGAGCAUGCUACUGCUUGCGUUCCAGAUGAUAAAUUGUAUACAUACCACAGGGAAGGAGAAACACUUGUAUUCAAUUCCAUCUUCAAGGUUGUAGGAGGGAUCAUUGGUGGCCAAAUUUACCGCUCUUGUGAUGAGCUCUAUGCAGUCCAUAAGCAGGACUUGGUCGACAAUAUGACGAGACACGCUUACAAAAAUAUGAACGACUUCGUUCAACUUGAUCAGCCAUGGUUAUUUCACUCACUACCAUCAAACCUGCUAGCUGAUCUAUUUGCUAAUCCAAUUGCAAGCCUGCAGCAUUCGAACUUUGCAGGACUAACUCAAGAUCAGCUGGAUAUACCGCUGGCUUCCAACCUUUUCGCUUCACCGGAACAUACUGAUGCCGCACAAGAUUACAGUUUGCCGGAAAGUUCUGUGGCGCCAUAUUUUCACCCGACGGCAACCAGUUUAUGCAACAAUUGGCCUCCGUGGAUGCAGAUCGGUGAGAAUUAUGAGGUAGAAACAUCAACUUGGGAAAGAAACGGAUGGUUCUCUAGUCCAAGCCGUGGAGGAGCAGGUGGGAUUAUGUCUCCAAAGAGUGGAAGACCCAAAGCUAGGUGGUUUAUGGUUCGCGCUGCCUUGAAGUGGGUGAUGUCAAGGUGUAGUCUAGGGGCGAGCUUUGAUAGCAAUAGUAAGAUUGUCCUCCUGUGAUUCAAGGUCACGAGAAGUUUGACUUAUGAAAAUAACAUCUUUGUAACAAGGUAAGGAAAGUGUCGUGUACAAAUACGACUAUCUUUCAACCUUAACAAAGUUUAGGAUCGGAUUAUGUCAAGUAAGCCACCGGCUCUUUCUAGGAAUAUGCAAAUUUUAUAUUCAUAGUAUCAAUGGUUUAAAAUGUGUAAAUUAUUUCUUUGUAAAGUAAGGUUAAUUAUGUAUGAAAAAUGACUUUGCUUGGCCUUCAA